AUGCCAGUCACCGACUUCUCCGUGAAAGAGAAGUACGAAUAUCUCAACGGCUUUGACUCAUUCCAUGAGUCAGAGGCCAUUAAAGGUGCAUUGCCAAUUGGAGCGAACUCGCCCCAGAAAGCUCCGUAUGGCCUGUAUGCGGAGAAGCUCUCGGGCACAGCAUUUACAGCACCGCGACAUGAGAACUUGCAGACAUGGCUUUACCGCAUCAUCCCUGCUGCGUCCCACUCCUCUUUCGAGCCGCUGCGGGAGAAUGGCCCGAAACCUGGGGGCCAGAUCCACCAGAUCCCUAACCAACUUCGCUGGGAUCCGUUUGACAUCAGCAAUGAUACCGAUUGGAUUAGCGGUCUGAGGCCCGUUGGUGGUGCUGGUGAUCCAGCGAUGAAAACUGGCCUGGGCAUCUUCAUUUUCGCUGCCGGGAAGAGCAUGGACGCCAAAACCGCGAUGUAUUCAUCGGACGGCGACAUGCUCAUCGUACUUCAGCACGGUGUAUUGGACAUCAAGACUGAGUUGGGAAACAUUCUGGUCCGCCCCAAUGAAAUUGCCGUCAUACCACGGGGUAUUCGAUACCAAGUCAACCUUCCGGAAGGCCCUGUCAGAGGUUACAUCCUCGAGCUUCACCAGGGUCACUUCACUCUGCCAGAGCUGGGCCCCAUAGGCUCAAAUUGUCUGGCAAACCCCAGAGACUUCCAGAUUCCCAUUGCAGCAUUCGACGAAGAUGAGUCGGAAUGGUCCAUCGUCAACAAAUUCAAUGGGUCGUUCUUUGUCGCUAAGCAGAAGCACACCCCAUUCGAUGUCGUCGCGUGGCAUGGGAAAUACUACCCUUUCAAAUAUGACCUGGGUCGGUUCUCAGUUAUCGGCAGCAUUUCCUUCGACCACCCAGACCCGUCAAUCUACACUGUCCUUACAGGCCCGUCUGACCAUCCCGGCACUGCCAUCGCCGACUUCGUUAUCUUUCCACCCCGAUGGCUAGUACAAGAAGACACCUUCCGUCCUCCCUGGUACCACCGCAACACCAUGUCCGAAUUCAUGGGCCUGAUUUGUGGCGACUACGACGCGAAAACUGGCGGGGGCUUCCGUCCCGCGGGAGCAAGUUUGCACAAUGUCAUGUCCGCUCAUGGCCCUGAUGCAAGCACUUUUGAGCGGGCGUCUAAUGCGGACUUGAAGCCACAGAAGAUCGGGGAGGGAAGCAUGGCAUUCAUGUUCGAGAGCUCGCUUAUGAUUGGGGUUACGGAAUGGGGUCUGGAAACUUGCCAGAAGGUCCAGAAGGGUGCCAAUUCUACAGCCAUGGCCAUCUCCAACGCCAUCCAAGCUUUCCAGCAGCGGGUCUUUGACCACGCGCUGCAGUCAACCAUCACGGGCAUUCUCUUGAUACCCCUCAUCUACGUCAUUGCGAAUGAGUUCAUCCGCUCUCAAGCGCGCAUCGCCAAGUUGGACGGACCCCGAGGGCUACCCCUGAUCGGCAACUUGUGGGAUAUUCGGGUCAACGCAGCAGAGCAAUACCGCAGAUGGGCGAAGAAGUUUGGAUCAGUAUACCAGAUUCAACUUGGCAAUGUUCCCGUCGUCGUUGUCAACUCUGCCUCCGCUGCGAGGGCUCUUUUUGGACAGAACGCCCAGGCUCUCAGCUCUCGUCCGGAAUUCUAUACUUUCCACAAGGUUCUCUCAGACACCGCCGGAACCACUAUUGGAACGUCCCCCUACAGCGACUCUCUCAAGCGCCGUCGCAAAGGUGCAGCGUCCGCUUUGAACCGUCCUUCCGUCGCUACCUAUGUCCCCCAUCUCGAUGUCGAAACCAAAGACUUCAUCAAGGAGCUGUAUGAAUACGGAAAGGCCGGUCAAGCACCCGUAGACCCCAUGCCGAUGAUCCAGCGCCUGUCUCUCUCACUUGCCCUGACACUCAACUGGGGCGUGCGCAUGAGCAGUCAAAAGGACGGUCUUUUCAAGGAGAUCACCCACGUCGAGGAGGAAAUCAGCCGCUUCCGAUCCACCACCGGCAACCUUCAAGACUACAUCCCCCUCCUCCGUCUCAACCCGAUUAACAUGCACUCGGCCAAGGCGCGCGAGAUGAGGAGCAGACGCGACGUCUAUUUGACCAACCUGAACAGGGGCCUCGAUGAGCGCAUGGCCAACGGAACGCACAAGCCCUGCAUCCAAGCCAACGUCAUCAUGGACCAAGACGCGAAGCUCAACAACGCGGAGCUGACCUCCAUCAGUCUCACGAUGCUUUCUGGUGGACUCGACACCGUCACGACUCAAGUUGCCUGGUUCGUGGCAAUGCUGGCCCAGAGACCCGAUAUCCAGGAGAAGGCGGUUGCAGCUAUUCGCGAGUUCUACAGCGAGAAGCAGCCUAUGUGCGACUCUGAGGAUGACCAGCAGUGCCGCUACAUCGUGGCGUUGGUCCGCGAGUCUCUGAGAUAUUACACUGUUCUUCGCCUUGCUCUUCCGAGGGCCUCGGUUCGCGAUGUGCCUUACGGCGAGGUGCUCAUUCCCAAGGGAUCGGUCAUCUUCCUCAACGCCUGGGCGUGCAACAUGGACUCUGAAGUGUGGACUGAUCCUGAAGUCUUCCGCCCCGAGAGAUGGCUGGAGCAGCCCGAUGCGCCUCUUUUCACCUAUGGUGUUGGCUACCGAAUGUGCGCUGGCUCGCUUCUGGCUAACAGGGAGUUAUAUCUCGUCUACAUGAGACUGCUUAACAGCUUCAAGAUUGAAAAGUACGACGAUGUUGACCAUCACCCCAUUUCCGGAAAUGCGGACCCCACAAGUUUGGUGGCAAUGCCGCGGCCGUACAAGGCGCGAUUCAUUCCUAGAGAUCUCGAGACUUUGAGCGAGGCUUUGAGGGAAUCGGAAAAGGCGUAG